ACGAGAGGACGGUGAGAGAAUGGCUGUGCGAAUCCGAAGGGCUGCACUUGAUGCUACAGCAGAUGUCCAACCAAAGAAUCCUCAAACAGUGACUGCCUUGGAAUGUAGAGUCGCUUUGGUGGAUAUAAAAAAUAAACCAUGUGGUGUUAAGUUGGCCCUGAAAAAGGAUGAAACAGUAAUUCUGCCAAAGAUGGAAAAAUCUCUCUCUCCAAAAAAGGAACCAGUGAAGAUGUGCAGACAGCCAGAGGUUCUACCACAAGACUUCUUCCCAGAAGAUAUAGUAAAAAUUGAGGUACCACCAUCCCCAAUGGAUGUUUCAAUGUGCACAUCUGAAGAACCACAUGAUGCCUUCUCUGUAGCAAUCCUUCCUGUUGAAGAUGUUGAUAUAAAUGAUGGCAACAAUCCAGUACUCUGCAGUAACUACGUUAAAGAUAUCUACAAGUAUUUAAGACAACUGGAGAUUGAGCAGGCAGUGAGACCAAACUACUUAGUUGGACAAGUGAUAACAGGAGCCAUGCGUGCUAUCCUAAUUGACUGGCUUGUGCAGGUUCAAGUAAAAUUUAAGCUACUUCCAGAAACUCUGUACUUGACUGUGUCCAUCUUGGAUCGAUUUCUCCAGGAUAGCCUAGUAACCAAGAAGAAUCUACAACUAGUUGGUGUCACAGCGAUGUUUAUUGCUUCCAAAUAUGAAGAGGUUUUUCCUCCAGAAAUUGGUGACUUUGUUAUCAUCACUGAUGAUGCUUACACUAGUGCUCAAAUACGUCAAAUGGAGAGGCGGAUAUUGAAGAAGCUUAACUUUUCACUUGGCAAACCACUUCCACUGCAUUUCCUCAGAAGGGCAUCAAAAGUUGCAGAUGUUAGCAUAGAACAACAUGCUCUUGCCAAAUAUCUGAUGGAACUGACAAUCGGGGAUUAUGACAUGGUGCAUUAUCCCCCAUCCCUGAUUGCUGCGGCUGCCUUCCACCUUGCACAGAAACUCCUUAAUUGUGGUGAAUGGACUCCCCUCCUGCAGUAUUACCUGUCAUAUGGAGAAGAGGAUCUACUUCCAGUAAUGCAACACAUAGCAAAAAAUGUUGUCCAAGUCAAUAACUGUCUCUCAAAGCAUAUGACUGUUAAGAACAAGUAUGCUAGAAAGUGUGAAAUGAGGAUCAGCACCAUCUUGCAACUGACAUCAGUCCUGAUUUUCAAUUUGUCAAGAUCACUAAUCUCCAAACAGCUUCAAAAUAGUAAAUAGUAUGUUGUCUGUACUACUCAAACAUAUUGCUGGCAUGAUUUUAACAUGUAAUUUAUUUUAUUUUUGUCUUUUUAAUCA